ACCCUUUUUGCUCUUCCUGUUGCAUCUGACCCUCUGAUGCAUUCUUCUGCAGACAAAGGUAUGGACUCGCAAGAGCAGCCUGGUCGUGUGCGCUCAGAUGGCCAUGAAGAUUUUGCUGCUGUGCCUCUUGAUGCUACUGCUUCUCUUCCCUCCCUCUCUCCUCUCUCAGCCAAUCCUUUCAAAGAGUAUACAGCCCUUGAUACAAUAUCUGAUGGACUAUCAGCAAGAGGCAGUUACAGUCAUACUGAAACGGAGGCAUUUAAAGCAACUACCAAAAAUGCACGGAAUCCAUUCCUUGCAGAUGAUGAUGAACCAAGCAAUGUUCCAGAAGUCAAACGUUUCGGAGUGGUGCCUCCAUACCCAGAGUCAGAACCAUUCUCUUUAUCUCAGGCUAAGGAAUCAAUAGACAGUAAAGGAUGGUCCGACACAAGCAAAUUCUCAGCAUACCAGCCGGACUCCUCCCCAGACUCGCCUGUUGAGUUAUUUGCAAAGAAUGAUAAAGAUGGAUCUCUUGAGGAUAGGAAGUAUGAUAUUGAUGAUCAUGUUGAAAAAGUGACUUUUGUAGACAACCACUCCAUAAGGGAAGAAUAUGUGGAUUUCAAGCCUUUUCAGCCAACGUGGGCCAGUAAUGAAAACAGCAGCUUGAAAGAUGUAGCUAGGGAUCAGGUGGAUGGCAAAUUAGACAGUGGCAUAGAUAAAUAUGAUGUGGAUAAGGCAAAGUUUCUGCUCAUACAAAAGGACAUUGAAAAAGAGAGUGAAAGCAGCAAUGAAGACAUUUCUUUCCCAAGUACUCCCGAAACUAGAAAAGAAUCUCCGCAAACGUAUAUUACUUGUGCCAACUUUGAGUCAGCUGUGACUAUUGAGGGCAAAGCAGCCAAGUCUCUAGGAGAGGAACAAGCUUCUCAAAAUAAAACAGAUGAGAAAAAGAUAGCAGAAAUGAAGGCCCAUUUUGGCACAGAGUCUAGCACCACCCCUGCUGAGUCAACAAGCAGCCAGGGCCAGACAGUUGAAUCUGAUAAAGUGGAGAGUCUGCUGAAGAUGCCUGUUGAUGCUGCGUCUGUGGCUGAAGGCCUCACUCCAGAUUUAGUGCAAGAAGCAUAUGAAAGUGAAUUGCAUGAUUCAGUCAGCCCCAAACUUGCUUAUGAAACAAAGAUUGAUUUGGUCCAAACAUCUGAGUCCUUGCAAGAACCUUUGAAUGUUGCUGUACAGCUCUGCCCCUCCUUUGAAGGAGGAUCUGAAGCAACUCCCUCCCCAGUCUUACCAGAUAUUGUUAUGGAGGCACCACUGAAUACAGGCACUGUGGGGAUGGCUAGUUCUGCUGUACCACUUGAAAGCUCCCCAGUGGAAACUUUUACUUCUGCUGCUGAUGACUACGGGAAUGUAAUGCAGAAGUUCGAGAAGCCUCCUUCCUAUCAGGAGGCAAUGAAUGUACCAGCAACCCCAGCACAGGUAACCACAGUUGAAACUGCUCCUAAGGAAUCUGACUAUAAGAAUGGUGGUGCUCUAGAAGACUUUGAGACUUCUUAUAUAUCUAUCGCGUGUGACUUAGUUAAAGAAACAAAAGUCUCUAAUGAAUCUGCUUCCCCAGCCUUUAUAGAUUAUUCUAAGACUGUGCUGACAGAAUGUGUUUCACAGCCUGCGCCUGAGUAUUCUGAGCAUCUUGAGAAACCGUCACCACCAUCUGGAAAAAGUGACUUCUUCAGUAGUCAGCCAGAACUUGAUCUUGCUCAGAAAAAAAGGGAAGUUGUGAAAGAGAAACCAUUUGAAACUACUGCCAAGAUUGUUACAGAGGAAGGUCACAUGGAGAAACGUGAGGUCUUGCCAUCUUCCCUUAGCAAGCCCUACUUGGAAUCCUUCCAGUCUCAACUUGAACCUUCCAAAAAUGUCCCUACAGCCUGGUCUCUGGAAAUGGAGGCGGCAGACUUGACUAAGCAAGAAAAGACUCCCCAGCUAGAAAUGGAAGAACUUGAUACUUAUUCAGACAAUUUCCUCAUUUCUAGGGAACCCCAAGUAGGAGACCAAGGUGUGCCAUCUGCAGAAUCCUCUCCAGAGAGUGAUGACUUCCCUGUUCUCUCUUAUCAGGCUACUAAGUCAGUGGUGGGAACAAUCCAAAAAGAUGCAUUGAAGGAAAAUGAAAGCAGAGAAAUAAGUGAUAUCAUGAAAACUGAAUCAAGGCAAUCUCCUUGCCAAGAGGUAGCCCAGGACCUGUCUUUAAAGGAUGUACCUGUCAAAGUUGAAGAGUGGGGGCUUGUUUUGGAAAAACCCUUUGAAAAACUGGAGGGAGAAGGAAUUAAGGAGUCCGUGUCAGCAGCUGAGAUUUCUCCUUUGCCUAUAGAGAGCAAGGUUGUCAGAGUAGGAAAGGAAGCUGAGAGAGGAGUUGCUUCUGUUAAAGAAAAGGAGAAAUCUCCCCCUAUAUUUUCGUCACAGCUGAAUAAACCUUCAGUUGUUGACCUCCUUUACUGGCGAGACAUUAAGAAGACUGGUGUGGUGUUUGGCGCCAGCUUGUUCCUGCUGCUUUCUUUAACGGUAUUCAGUAUUGUGAGUGUGAUUGCUUACAUUGCCUUGGGCCUUCUGUUGGUGACCAUCAGCUUUAGGAUAUACAAGGGAGUUAUCCAAGCAAUCCAGAAGUCUGAUGACGGUCAUCCAUUUAGUGCUUACUUGGAUAAAGAUGUUGCUGUGUCCGAAGAGCUUGUUCAGAAAUACAGCCAUGUUGUGCUUGGCCACUUCAACAACACAAUUAAGGAGCUCAGGCGCCUCUUCUUGGUGGAUGACUUGGUGGAUUCUCUGAAGUUCGCUGUGUUGAUGUGGGUGUUCACCUAUGUUGGUGCCUUGUUCAAUGGGCUGACAUUAAUGAUACUGGCUGUGAUUUCGCUCUUCAGUAUUCCAGUUAUUUAUGAAAAGCACCAGGUUCAAAUUGACCAUUAUCUGGGACUUGUGAACAAGAAUGUCAAAGAUGCUGUGACAAAGAUCCAAGAUAAAAUCCCUGGACUGAAGCGCAAAACUGAAUGAAAAGCCUGAAGCAACUUUUAAUUAAAUAGGAGUUCAUCUUUUAAGCGGGGCGGGAGACGUUAUUCAUUUGGUUUAUGUGGGGAGGGUCAGGGAAUAGUGACACCUUGACAUUGCAGUGCAGUUUCACAGAUCUUUAUUUUUUAGCGGACGCAGUGUUUCAAGGAAAGAAAAAUAACCUGUUCUUGACUGCCAUGUGUGUUCAUCAUAAGUAUUGUAAGCUGCUAUGUAUGGAUUUCAACCUAAUCCUCUUUGCAUCUCCCAUGUGCAGCACUGGUUAACAUAACAGUUUGGAGAGCUGUACAUUUUAUGCUUUGGCCGAGGUAGUUUUGCCGCGUUUUGAGAGAUCCUGAUGCAGGUGGAGUGCAGGGAGGACACUUCCCGUUUUGCACAGUCUCUGGUCUGUGUAGAUUGUUGAGUGCAGAUUUUCUAAAACGAGCUGUUUAGAAGAAUAUGCCAUUGAAGCAAGCUUCAGAAGUCUUGCCCUUUUGGUAUCGAGUGUAGCUGUAUUGUGCUUUUUAAUUUUACUGUUUUAUCAAUUGCCAAUAUAAAAAAUUAUAUAUAUAUAUAUAGUGUUUCACAGCAGCUUAGGAUGUCCAGCUCCUCCACAGUGCUUGAAAUAUCAAGAAAACGGAACUUUUUUUUUUUUUAGCUCUAUGGUAUGUAAAGCUUAAAUCUUCAGAAAACACUAGCACCUAUUAAAUAAAUAGAAAAACCUCUCUGCACAUUACAACACAACUUCUGCCAUAACCUUUGCUGCACAAACUUCCUUUAGUCUAUUUUGAGUAAACAAGUUUACAGUCUCUCUUAAACUCUGAAUCUGUGGAAGGAAUUUUUGAAGGUGUGAUCCCAAGAUCCUUGCAGGUAGAGCAAGGACUACCUAGCAUGCUUGUUCUCCACUGUGCUAGGGAUCCUCAGCGGCUGUGCAUGGAUCAGCGGGUUAUGCCCCGAUGCUGCAAAGGUUGUUUGGAAAUUUCGAACAUUGUUAAUGCAAGAAAUUACAAAUGAAAAUGUAUACACUUGCAGUUUAAGCUGUAUUGAACUAAGUCUGUGGAAUGCAUUGUGAAAUGUAAAAACAAAACAACUCAAGUAUCAAUAAAGCGUAUAGACUUAAAAGGA